AUGGAGUCUGUCGAUGACAAUGAAGAUGUCAACGGGGUGACCAUGGAGCCUGCGGAUGAUUCUGAGGACGUCGACUCCAUCGAAAACCGGAUCUGCUCUUCUCUUGUACGGUCAGCGUUCGACGCAAGAGAAUACCUUCCUAUCGAUCAGCUCUGCAAGAUUCUGUCACCUUCUGUGGUCCACAAUCUCCUGCUUCAGCAUUUCGGCAAUGACAAAGUCUUGGAGUAUGAACGCGAGAUCCUCGGCAACCAAGACGAGACUCCUGUUUCGCCUCCGCGUCGGCGAAGAAUACUUGCCAUCUUGGUCUUGAUUGAUCAAGUCAAUAGAUUGCCCAAAUUCAUCAAACAUGGAGUGGACGACACGGCACUUCCUUUUCAUUUCAACCACAUCAAGCCAGCACGACGAGUAACCGUGUCGUACAUGCCUCACUCGCCAGACGAACCUCGUCAGAAGAAGGACCGCACAUGUCAGAAUCCUCACCGGCAGAACGAGCCUGUUCUCAAGAAGUUUGAUAUGUGGCCUUGCCGCAUAGCGAAGGAGUUCACGCUCUGGCAGUCAAUCAUACACGUGCCAUUUCUCCAGUUCCCCGGUGACAAGAUCUACUUCUAUGAUCUUUAUCAGGAUUCAACUCUACCGUUUGAUCGUUAUGAGCUGCAAUCAACCGGUGGUUACGGAAGUGUUCGCAAAGUUACCAUCCACCCCUCCCAUUACAAUUGCCAUGGGAACUCAAAGGACCAACAAUGCGUUUGUCUCGCCGUCAAGAGGCUCCAUACUCCGAAUGUGCAUGAUUAUCUCCAAGAGGUCGACCUCUUUGACAAACUGGGCGCAAAGAUCAAAGACCCCCUCUCAGAGCACUUGAUCCCACUGCAGUUGACGUUCAAGCACGGAAAAGACUACUUCUUGAUGUUCCCAUGGGCCGACGGGAACUUGAAACAAUUCUGGAGCACGCGGACAGCCAACCCCGAGGACCCGAAACAAGUUUGCUGGUUCAUAUCCCAAUGCAGUGGUAUUGUCAGCGGGCUAAGGAGGGUUCAUCACAUCACCACCCGGAAAUCACCAAAAACCGUUACUCAGGACGAUGUAAAGGAGAUACUUCUCGGUGCCAAAGAAUGGGGUAGACACGGUGACAUCAAGCCAGAGAACAUUCUCUGGUUCGAAAACUACAACAGCAAGCAAAAUCAUCUUGUCAUCUCCGACUUCGGCUUGACCCAGUUCAACAGCGCCCACUCUCGUUCCAAGGUCCAGCAAGGCCAGAUACAAGGGUUUUCGGGCACCUAUCGGCCACCAGACUUGCACAUUGAAGACCAACCGAUUUCUCAAAACUACGAUGUUUGGUCUUUAGGUUGUGUGUUUCUCGAGUUUGUAUCUUGGUUCCUACUCGGUCACGAUGAGACAGUUUUUACCUUUGGCGACGCACGUUUACGCGACGAGCCAGAGGGGACCAUUGGGGAGGAUACGUUCUUUGUCUUCGAGAAUGGCCAUCACGGCACGCCAAAAAAUGCCAAGUUGAAGGACUCAGUAGUUGAGUGGAUUCAGACUACACAAGAUACGUCAGUGCUCCGAACCUCUUCACGCACUCUUGGACUUGAUCCAGUUCACGAUGCUGGUCCCGGGCUCCAAAGAUCGAUGGAAGACUGA